AUGUCUCAUAGAAUAACUAAAAAAAAUAAACAUCAUAAAGAUCGACAAUAUAUCGAUCGUGCUCCAAAAUCUGAUACUGAUGAAGAACAAUAUCAUUCAGCUAAUGAUGAUAAAGAUGAUGAAGAAAAAACUGAACAAAUUCAUGUACCUUUAGCUAUGUGGGAUGUUAAUCAAUGUGAUCCUAAACGAUGUACUGGUCGUAAACUUGUUCGACAUGGAUUUGUUAAACAAUUAAAAUUAGGCAGUCAUUUUGGUGGUAUUAUUCUUUCACCUAUUGGUCAACAAUGUGUAUCACCUGAUGAUAAACAAUUAAUAUUACACAGUGGUAUUGCUGUUGUUGAUUGUUCAUGGGCAAAACUUGAUGAAACACCAUUUUCUCGUAUGAAAGGCAAACAUUUAAGAUUACUUCCUUAUCUUAUUGCUACUAAUAAUGUUAAUUAUGGUAAACCUUGUCAAUUAUCUUGUGUCGAAGCAUUUGCUGCAGCAUUAGCUAUUGUUGGUUUACAAGAUUUUGGUUCAAUAUUACUUGAUAAAUUUAAAUGGGGACAUGCAUUUUAUACACUUAAUGGGUCAUUACUUGAUGCAUAUGCAAAAUGUGAUUCAGCACAAGCUGUAAUCGAAUGUGAUAAACGUUUUCGAACAGGACAAGAUAGUUUUACUAAUGAUUAUACACCUAAUCGUGAUAUGCCACCAUCUGAAUCAUCUGAAGAUGAAGAUUUACAUAUUGAAAAUGUUUCAUUAAAUAAAACAAAUGAAUAA